AUGGAUCCGACUUUGUCCAAUGCAGCCGACAUCGUCGACCUUGUGUAUGCCACCGUCUGGACGGUCAUCUUUACCCUCGCAGCCCUGCUUGUUCUGUCUUACCUGGUUGGCGAGGCCAUCCGGUCUGCCUGUCGCCCAGCCAAGGCCGGCUCGCUGCUGCUGAUCCUUUUUGCUGCAGUUGUGCGAGCUGUCGUCCCGCUGAGGCCCACGACCAUCCCCGACAUUGUCGCAACCAACGUCUUUUACUCUCUGUAUCCGCUCUUCUUUUCUCAAAUCAGUCUUCUCAUCGUCGUGUGGAUGGACUGGUUGCUCUAUUUCCAGACCUCGCCAGCCGUCGGCCGCCAGCGGACCGUCUUCUGGCGACGAAUCGGCCUUAUCGCCGUCAUCCUGGCAUAUUUCGCUGCGGCAUGUGUGCUGGGGCAGUACAGUCUUGCGAGCGACAUACCCGUUGUCGACGUCAAGUUCAUAUACUACAGCCUCGGGCUCUCGGUCUUUCUCCUCCCUCUCUACAUGAACUAUGGCCUCAAGGUCCGGAGAGCACUUCGCAAGGCCCUGGCCGCCGGCAACCCGCAUCCCUACGGCAAAGCGAAUCUUGAGCACGACAUAUGCAAGGCAUGUAGAUCAAUGUUGUGCUGA